AUGGCUCCUUCAAAGCAGUCCAUGUUCCGCUCUGCGGACAUGAGUAUGGUGCAGUUAUACAUAUCCAAUGAAAUCAGCCGAGAAUGUGUUAACGCGUUAGGAGAACUUGGACUGGUCCAAUUUCGAGAUCUCAACAGUGAUAUCAGUGCAUUCCAGCGAACUUUUACCCAAGAGAUUAGAAGACUUGACAAUGUUGAGCGCCAGCUUCGUUACUUCCAUUCCCAAAUGGAAAAAGCGAGCAUUCCUCUACGAAGGUUAGACCUUGAUGUCGAAACGCUCGCGCCUCCCACUACUUCCGAGAUCGAUGAACUCUCCGAGCGGACUCAAAGCCUCGAGCAGCGAAUCUUCCAACUGAAUGACAGCUACGAGACACUGAAGAAGCGCGAGGUCGAACUGACCGAAUGGCGGUGGGUUCUUCGCGAGGCCGGUGGCUUUUUUGACCGAGCUCACGGAAACGUUGAGGAGAUUCGAGCUUCGACCGAGGAUGACGAUGCUCCUUUACUCCAAGACGUGGAGCAGCACAAUCAGGGUGGCGACGUUGAACGUUCCUUCUCUGGCAUGAAUAUUGGCUUCGUCGCUGGUGUUAUAAACCGCGACCGGGUAGCUGCUUUCGAGCGCAUUCUCUGGAGAACGCUUCGCGGCAACUUGUAUAUGAACCAAUCCGAGAUUCCCGAACCCCUUGUUGAUCCGAGUAAUAACGAGUCUAUUAACAAGAAUGUCUUCGUUAUAUUUGCUCAUGGCAAGGAAAUCCUGGCCAAGAUCCGCAAAAUUUCGGAAUCUAUGGGCGCUGAUAUCUAUAGCGUCGACGAAAACGCAGACCUUCGUCGCGACCAGAUGCAUGAGGUUAAUGCCCGUCUCAACGAUGUUCGAAACGUCUUGCACAAUACGCAGCAGACUCUCGAAGCCGAGCUCACCCAAAUUGCUCAGUCUCUUGCAGCUUGGAUGAUUUUGAUUACAAAGGAGAAGGCUACCUACCAAACGCUCAAUCUCUUCUCAUUCGACCGACAGAGACGGACUCUCAUUGCGGAAGGUUGGUGUCCUACGAAUGAUUUACCUCUCAUUCGCACCACGCUUCAAGAUGUGACCAACCGAGCAGGCCUGUCUGUUCCGUCCAUUAUCAAUGAGAUCAAGACAAACAAGACUCCUCCGACUUACUUGAAAACCAAUAAAUUCACAGAAGCAUUCCAGACUAUCAUUAAUGCAUACGGUACGGCGACCUACCAAGAGGUUAACCCUGCUCUACCUGCUAUCGUUACCUUCCCUUUCCUGUUUGCCGUCAUGUUUGGAGAUUUCGGCCACGCCACCAUCAUGUUCUCUGCUUCUUUGGCUAUGAUAUAUUGGGAGAAGCCCCUAAAGAAAGUCACAUUCGAACUCUUCGCUAUGAUUUACUAUGGUCGAUACAUUGCCUUGGUCAUGGCUGUGUUCUCCUUAUUCACGGGCCUUAUCUAUAACGAUGUGUUUUCCAAGACUUUCACUUUCUUCGACAGUGCCUGGGAAUGGGACGUUCCUGAGGGAUGGCAAGAAGGCCAGCCUCUUGUAGCUAAGCUCAAGGGCGACUACCGAUAUCCGUUUGGCCUUGACUGGUUUUGGCAUGGUACCGAGAAUGACUUGUUGUUUAGCAACAGCUACAAGAUGAAGAUGUCUAUCAUUCUUGGGUGGGCGCACAUGACAUACUCCCUCUGCCUAUCCUACUUCAAUGCGAGACACUUUAAGAGACCAAUUGACAUCUGGGGUAACUUCUUACCAGGGAUGAUCUUCUUCCAAGCUAUCUUCGGUUAUCUCGUCAUUUGCAUUGUUUACAAGUGGUCUGUGGACUGGCUCGCGAUCGGAGAACAGCCCCCCGGACUUCUGAACAUGUUGAUUUACAUGUUCCUACAGCCCGGUACAUUAGAUAUUCAAUUGUAUCCAGGACAAAAGGGUGUACAAGUUACAUUGUUACUCCUUGCCUUUGUCCAGGUCCCUAUCCUGUUACUCCUGAAACCAUUAUACUUGCGAUGGGAGCACAACCGUGCUCGUGCCCAGGGCUAUCGUGGCAUAGGCGAACCCUCUAGAGUCUCGGCCCUUGAUGAGGACGAAAGCGAUGGGCACUUCCAAAGCAAUGGCAAUGGCAAUGGCAACGGCCGCCCCAGCGUAGAUACCGAUGAUGGUGAGGGCGUCGCUAUGAUCGCGCACGGUGACGACGAGGAAGGCCAUGAAGAGUUUGAAUUCAGUGAGAUCAUGAUUCAUCAGGUCAUCCACACAAUUGAAUUUUGCCUGAACUGUGUCUCCCACACUGCUUCUUACCUGCGUCUCUGGGCGUUGUCACUCGCUCACCAGCAGCUAAGUGUCGUGCUUUGGGACAUGACUCUUGGCCCAUCACUCGCCAAGCCGGGCGUCCUCGGUGUUUUCAUGAUCGUUGUUGCUUUCUAUUUGUGGUUUUUCCUUUCUUGUGCCAUUCUCAUUUGUAUGGAAGGCUGUAGCGCUAUGUUGCACUCUCUCCGUCUGCAAUGGGUUGAGGCGCAAUCGAAAUACGCCGAGUUCGCGGGUCACAUGUUCACUCCGUUUUCUUUUAUAACGUUAUUGGAGGAGGAUGACGGGUUAGUCGAGUUCAGAGGUUAA